AUGUUGGUGGCUCUCUCCGUGAAGAACAAGAUUUCGUUUGUUGAUAGUUCCCUUCCAAAACCUACUAUUGAUGACCCUACAUACGCUAUGUGGAUUCGUGGGAACAAUGUAGUUAUCUCUUGGCUCUAUAAUUUUGUUUCCAAUGAGAUUAUAACCAAUAUACUAUUUGUAAAUACAGCCAAAGAAAUUUGGGACGAUUUGAAAUCAAGAUUUUCGAGGAAAAAUGGUCCUCGUAUAUUUCAACUCAAGAGGCAACUCAUGUCUCUUCAACAAGGAAUUAAUGAUGUGAGUACAAUAAAGUCAAUUUGGGAGGAGUUAUCAGGAUACAAACCCUCUUUUCCACGCACUUGUGGAGGCUUGCAACAUCUUCAAUUCUACAAUGAAUUAGAAUAUGUAAUGUCGUUCUUGAUGGGUUUGAACGAUUCUUUCUCCCCAAUCCAUGGCCAGAUUCUUUUAUCAGAUCCACUACCUCUAAUUGGUAAUGCACUUUCUUUGGUUCUUCAAGAAGAAACACAAAGAGAGAUUGAUACUGUUGUAACCUGCACUCCUUUUAUAAACUCUGAUAAUAUGGCUUUUCUUGUUAAUUCUUCCACUAAAUCUUCUACUACUGAUCACAAUAAAAUCAAUAGAAAGGAAAGGCCAAAAUGUGCAUAUUGUGGUAUAUUAGGCCACACAAAGGAUAAAUGUUAUAAGCUUGUAGGAUAUCCUCCUAACUACAGCUUUAAGAAUUGGCAAACUCAUGUUGCCAAUCAAGUCCUUGACAACCCAGAAUCUUUAAAUCAGAACAAAUCUGACAAUUUAACACCUGCUCAAUGCCAACAAUUAAUCAAUUUCCUAACCAAUCAAAUGAAGCUUGACAAUCCUGUUGAAGCUAUCCCUACAAAUGUGACAAGGGAGGUUCAUCGGAAUGUUGAUGAUAUUGGUGACGACUGA